AUGAUGUUUCCUGGGGUACUAAGGGAGACAAUAAUCCAAAGGAAGAUAAGUUCAACCCAGUAUAUCAUUGAAAAGAACGAAGAAGGAGAAUUUGAGGCUGUGGUUGUUGAUGUGAACAUUGAUGAGGUCUAUCUCGAUACAUUAUACAAUAUCAGGUCCAAGAGGUCGAACAAGAAGGUAUUGUCUCGGAAGCCCGCCCCACCACCUAUGGAGGGUGAAGACUAUGCUAAAGAUGUUCGUACCAAAGUGGUAUUGAUUUGGAUGCUAGCCAACUUAAUAUUCAUCAUGACUAUGUUACAGGUCUACAAGGCUGGCGAAACAGAAACGAAUAUCUACUUGGCUUUCAUUCUUUGGACUGUUGCAUUAUUAGCGUUAUUCCGUUCAGUGGGCUCCAUCGGAUACCUUUUACAAACUUUUGCUAGAUUCUUAGUGGAGACGAAGAACAAGUGGUCGCAUAGCAGGCAAGGCUACUCUGCUCCAGUAACUAAUACCCUAAAUUGA